UGCUUUAUUCAUAAAUUAUUUUUAUAAAAAUUUUCUAAAUUUCUUAAAAUAUUUUUGUUUUCUUAAAAAAUGCCAGCAGAAGCAGCUAAUAAUGGGGGAGAAAAAUCAGACGAACUUAAUGUAACACAACAAACUAAAAAGGCUCCAGUAAUUUUUCUUUUUGAUGUUGAUGGAACGCUUACAAUGCCUAGACAGAAAAUAACGGAUGAGAUGCUUCAAUUUAUGCGCAAUCUAAGCCAACGAGUACCUAUUGCUGUAGUUGGCGGUUCUGAUUUGUGCAAAAUUUUCGAACAAUUGCCGAAUGAAAACAACGAAUUGCUAAGACUUUUUUCGUUUAUUUUUGCUGAGAAUGGAUUAAUGGGGUUUGAAGGCGUUGAGGAGCUACCGAAAGCGUCAAUAACAAAAGAACUUGGUGAAAAGCGCUUGCAAGACUUGACAAAUUUUUGUCUUCGCUAUUUGUCAGAAAUUGAUUUGCCGCUUAAACGAGGGACUUUUAUUGAACUUCGGAAUGGAAUGGUAUAUUAA